GAACGUUCUGAGAACGUUCGUUUUUUGUUGUGGUAACGUUCCCUGAACGUUUGUUUUGGUUGUCUGUUGGUUAAUUGGAAGGUAUUCUUAACGUUGUGUUGAUUUGAAUGGGAAUGACCGGUCUACUGUCGUUUAUCGUAUGGAAACAAGUUAUUCACAGGACUUUCCAAUUAAGAGCUCAAAUUUACUGACGACCCUGAAUGCAGCACACGCCCGUUUACAGAGAGAGAGACAACAAUCCGACGAAGAGAAGCAUAUCAAAAUGGUCCAGUGAGAGCAGCUGAUGCAAGCUAUGAGUCACAGUAGUCCUUGCCUGUGGACUCGGCUCCUCCAGGACAGCCAGGCCCCAUGUGACCGCUACAAGCAUGCCUGCUGCAGCUACGGUGGACAUGUCUACAUCCUGGGAGGGAGAGACAGCAGCACUUUGAGGGACUUCUGGAGGUACAGCGUGGUUUGUGACGAGUGGACAGAGUUAAACUGCACCAGUGAUGCUGCACCAGAAGAACUAGAAGGACAUUCUAUGGUGGCUCAUGAGGGCUUCCUGUACGUGUUUGGAGGCAUGCUGGAUUCUGCGUACAACGAGCAGAGAUGCCCCCUCUGGGUAUUUGACAUCGCGAAGCAGAAGUGGGUGCCCUGCCAGGGAAAGACCAGCUCCCCCAGGUACAGAACAGCCUUUCAUAUGAAAGUCAUUUGA